AUGUGCGUCCUGCCUGCCACCCUAACUGGUGCCCAUUUUGAAGGUACCAUAGCUCAUUAUAACAUGCCCUAAAUUACAGUUAAACCUUCAGAUGUGGAGGUCACCAUGACUUCAGAGCCCAAAAAUGUGACAGAAUCUUCACAAGCCCAGAAGGAGGCCCCAAUUCAGCCUCCAGAGGAGGUGGAACCUUCUGCAACCCAAGAGGAGGCCCCAACUGAGCCACCAGGUCCUCCCAUGGAGCCUGAACUUUCUCCCAGUGAGCAGGAGCAGCCAGCUCAGCCUUCUGAGUCUUCUGGGGAGGUUGAAUCUUCUCCAGUCCAGCAGGAUGCCCCAGGUCAGCCUCCAGAACAUCGUGAAGCAGAACCUUCUUUGACCCAGCAGGAGGCCACAGUUCAGGCUCCAGAGUCCCCUAAGGAGGUAGAACCUUCAAGGCAGCAAAUGGUCCCAGUUCAGCUUCCAGAGCCACCUAAGGAAUUUGCUGCUCAACCUCCAGCUCAUUAUGAGGUGACAGUCCCAACACCAGGCCAGGAUCCAGCUCAGCAUUCAACAUUGCCCAGUGUCACUGUUCAACCUUUGGACCUGGGACUUACCAUCAUUCCAGAAUCCACGACAGAGGUUGAACUUUCUCCAACCAUGCAGGAGACCCCAACUCAGCCUCCUAUUGUACUCGAACUUGAAGUAUAUCAAGAGGUAACAAUUUCAACACCAGGUCAGGAUCAAGCUCAGCAUCCAAUGUCAGCCAGCAUUACAGUUCAACCUUUGGACCUGGGACUUACCAUCACUCCAGAACCCACUAUGGAGGUUGAACAUUCUACGCCCCUGAAGAGGACUAUAGUUCCUCCAAAUCAUCUUAAGGUGACACUUCCACAUCCAGACCAGGUUCAGACUCAGCAUUCACACCUGACCGAAGCUACAGUUCAACCUUUGGAUCUAGGAUAAAUCACUCCAGAAUCCACAACAGAGGUUGAACCUUCUACAGCCCUGAUGACUACAGCUCUUUCUCCAGAACACCCUGAGGUGACACUUCCACCUUCAGACAAGGGUCAGUCUCAGUAUUCACACCUGACUGAAGCCACAGUUCAACCUCUGGACCUGGAGCUUAGCAUAACUACAGAGCCUACUACAGAGGUUAAACUGUCUCCAACCACGGAGGAAACCUCAGCUCAGCCUCCAGACCCGGAGCUUAGCAUAACUACAGAGCCUACUACAGGAAAGCAAAACUGUCAUGAAGAGAGACGUGAGCUUAAGGUGUGCGGCCCCGGCAGCGGUGACCGGAGGCGGGGAGUAAAGGUUUUGCACGCGGGCAUAACCCAGGGGCUGCUCCCCGAGCCCCGGGAGGCAGCGUCGGGCUCCUUGACCAAGACUUUCCGGCCUGAAAUCUGCCUGCAAUGCGAACCUGUGCCUUCCUACUCCUCCGACCGCCAACUCACCAUUGAUCGCGAUCCUGGCCCUUCCCAAGUCAACAGGUACCCCCCCGCCAGCUCGCCCACCCUGCGGCUGCCCAGCCCGGCCCGGCGCUCCCCCUCACUUGUCAGGCGCAGUUUGACUGGCCCGUUCCUCCGGCUUCCCGGGGCAGCACAACUAGGCGGUAGCCGGCCGCUUGCGCCCCCGCCGCCUCCGCGGCCUUUCCCUCCUCUCGUCUCAGCUAGGCCCAGUAGCCAACGGGGCUGGUCGGCUGAGGCGGGCGGUGCUCGGCGGCGCCGGAGCAGGACUCUGGGCUCGGCUACUCCUCCUCCACCCGCCCUUUUGUCUGAGGGAACCGGGACUUGGGGCUGCUGCCGCCACUGCUCGGCUCCGGGGGGCUGGGAGGAGACAGGAGUUGGGGCCGUUGGGGCCGGGCCGGGCGGGGCCAGCGGGCGCGCGCAGGGUACCCACGGUGCCCCGGGCGGGCACCGGCCGUUAGGGAGUGGGUGCGGUGCCGCUGAGGGUCCCACGCGGAACGCGGGGAGGGAGCGGGCAGGGAGCAAAGUGGCGGCGGGGGCGACAACGCUGGCACCUGGAGGGGCUUAG